UGUGUAGGUCAGAAGGUGUGGCACCCUACAUAUAUAAUUACCUGCCAGAAUUUAUUCCAUUCAUAGGAGGAAGACACCUGUGCUACAGCCAUGGUCCAUCUAGAGAAAUUUUGUGCAAUUGAGGCUACAAAACCCCAGGGGGGAAAUGUUGAGUUAGUAAAUACUACGGUGACUAAUACUGCUUUUCCCACAGUCACAAUGUCCACCAAGAGGUUGUGUAAUGAAGACUACAAUGAUUACAGUUCAACAGAUGUGACUCCUGAUGGCACUUUCCCAGAUGGCUUGAACAAUAUUUCCAGUCCAUCAUCCUAUCAACGAUUUGGAGAAACAAAUGGUACAACAUGGUACCAAACCUUAAUACAUCUCUUGAAAGGAAACGUUGGUACUGGCCUGUUAGGACUUCCGUUAGCAAUCAAAAAUUCUGGUAUUGUGCUGGGUCCCAUCUGCUUGCUUGUGAUUGGAAUCAUCGCAGUACAUUGCAUGGACAUCCUCGUUAAAUGCACUCACCACCUGUGCCAGAAGCAUCAAAAACCAUUUCUGGACUAUGGGGAUGCUGUCAUGCAUGGGCUAGAGGCCGGUCCCUUUUCAUGGCUCAGAACUCAUUCUGUCUGGGGAAGGUACCUAGUGAGUUUUUUCUUAAUUCUUACUCAGCUGGGAUUCUGUUGUGUAUAUUUUGUAUUCCUUGCUGACAAUUUCAGACAGGUUAUAUCUGCUGCCAAUGGUACCACCAAUGACUGCAAUGCCAAUGAAACUGCUCUGAGGGCUCCAACGAUGAGCUCUCAGUUAUAUAUCCUGUCCUUCUUACCAUUUGUGAUAUUGCUCGUCUUCAUCCAGAAUCUCAAGAUUCUUUCCAUUUUCUCCAUGGUGGCCAAUAUUUUGAUGUUGAGCAGCCUGAUAAUGUUAUACCAGUACAUUGUCCGGGACAUUCCAAAUCCUAGCCAUCUGCCUAUGGUAGCUGCCUGGAAGACAAUGCCUCUCUUUUUUGGUACAGCCAUCUUUGCCUUUGAAGGCAUUGGAGUGGUGCUCCCUCUAGAAAACAAAAUGAAGAACCCUCAGCACUUUCACACUAUUCUGUAUGUGGGAAUGGCCAUUGUCACCACGUUCUACCUCAGCUUGGGAACACUAGGAUAUUUGCGCUUUGGAGCUAACAUCCAGCCCAGCAUCACUCUCAAUCUCCCCAACUGUUGGUUGUACCAGUCUGUCAAGCUGCUCUACUCCCUCGGAAUCUUCUUCACUUAUGCUCUGCAGUUCUAUGUCCCUGCAGAAAUAAUAAUUCCUGUGGCUGUUUCCAAGGUCCCUGAACGCUGGAGAUUAUGUUGCAAACUGCUGCUGAGAAUAUUCCUGGUCUGCGUAACAUGUGCCCUCGCAAUACUGAUUCCUCGCUUGGACAUUGUCAUAGCUCUGGUAGGCUCGGUGAGCAGCAGUGCUCUAGCACUUAUUAUCCCACCCAUCUUGGAGAUCUUCACCUAUUAUUCGGAAGGCCUGCACCCGCUCAUCCUGGCCAAAGACAUUCUCAUCAGCCUCUUUGGUAUUACUGGCUUUGUUGUGGGGACAUAUGAAUCUCUCUAUGAACUGAUUGUACCAACUGUGUCCAAUGCCACCACUGCUUUACCAUGACACUGUAACCUGUUUCACUUUGAGAAGAUAUCUUCAGUUCGUAUGGAACUUGAGUUUCUCCAUAGCAACUGCAGAAACCUGGGGCUCCUCCUUGCUUUUAUAAGUUAAACAGAUACAGCUAUGGUUAAAAAGAAGGGGCUCUUAUUUAUUUAUGCUUCUUUUUUUGUAUGGGGUUGAUUUAGGAGACGUCAUAAAAAACAAAAAAAAGGGUGCUCCAUUAUGAUUAUCCUUACCUGGAAGAAAUUGAACGUCUUGCAAGCAUCUUGGAUUUUACUAGAUUUCUAAAUCAAGAGCAUUGAAUGUGGGGAGAAUUAAGAAUCCUAAUAUUCCUCACCAGAUCAUUUUUAUGAAGUCUUUUGAGCAUCAUGUUAUCAGUUCAUUUUUAUUUUCAUUGUUCUUGUUUUAAACUGCUUCAGGCUACCAAUUUAGAAACUAUUGUCUCAUUUCUAAAAUAAAUUCCUCCUUUUGGAUAGUUGCAUGAAAAGCGAGAUAUAGCUUGAAAAUGAUAGCUAACACAGAAGAGGGAAGCGCAAAUGAAACUCAGUGUGUAAUAUUAUAAUGCUCUUAUCUCAUGAAGUUUUGUGUCUAUUGGUAAUAACACUGAAAACUAAAAAUAGUAUCAAGCUGCCUAAUCUAUAAUUUUCAGGCAACACCAAUUGGACUGCAUAUAAAAAGGGAAAUAAGGUUUAUAUUGCCAAAUCCAGCACCGUGCUAGUCUGACUCUAUAGCAGGGUUCAUAUCAAAAUGCUAUGGGGAAAAAGAUACGUGUAUGAGCUGGAUAGGGGAUUGAAAAGUGUUUUUAAAGUUUUUUUUAUAGUUGUGGAAACAAUAGGAUAUUGUAAACCAAUUAUCUAUUGUAAUCUUUUGCUUUGUUGUAGCUUCAAGGUACAUUCACUAAGCAUACUUUUGAAAAAAUGGAAAAGCUAUGCCCUGAAUGUCAUGAUUAUAAUCCAAUUUCAUGUAAACAAUAAUUUCACAUGAGUAUAUGUAUAUACACUAUAAAAAACAUAAGGUGAGUCAGA